GCGCGCGCGCACACACACGCACGCGCGCAUACGCACACUCACUUACAUACAUACGCACUGAGGAUUAGAAGCGCUACAGAAGUGAAGGAGGACCCUUAACAGUGCUCAGUGGAGAGUUGUACAGGAGUACGGCCAUUCAGUUUUUUUUUUUCUUUCAUCGAGGGAACACACAAAAGGAUUUUUAAAAGCUGAACACAACUUAAGCAAUAAUGUGGACACUGAAGACACAUCUCCUUUUGGGGGUUGUCCUCUUCGGAAUAUUACAAAAUGUGACGAGUGGCCUGUCGCCUCCGACCAUCGUCUCGGAUAAGGAGGAGUUCGUGUUAGAGCUGGACUCAGUGUUUAACAUCAACUGUACGGGGAAAAAGAGGGUCAUGUGGGAAGAGCCGCUACCAGUUAACACACACGUGAUGUCCGAGCAUUACACGACCACGCUGCAGAUUGACCGCGCCGCCGGUUAUCACACAGGAGAGUACAUGUGCGUUUACGAGAGCCAGGAUGGAGAACAACCAAACUUAGACAACAUGGCCAGCAUCUACAUUUUUGUCCCAGACCCUCAAGUUCCAUUCGUUCCUGAUGAAUCGGCAGAGGUCCACCAGGAUAACAUUCCUUGCCGUGUUACAGAUCCCCAAUCUGUGGUGAUUCUGUGGAGUCUACCACAUGGAGACGAGUUCUCAGCUCACUAUGAGCAAAAGUACGGAUUUAUAGGCAACUUUCCUCCCGGCCAGUACGUGUGCGAGACCUUUGUGAACGGUGAAGCGGUCAGGAGCAUGGUGUACAAUGUGACAGACAUGCCAUUUAUGACACAUAUUCCAAUGGAAAAUGAUUUAAGUGUGAAACUGACAGCCAGUCAAGAGGAGAUAAAAGAAGGAGAAUCUUUUAACCUGACCUGCACGGUUCCACCUGGUUCUCUUUAUGUCCAGCAAUGGUUGCAUCUCAGUAGACAGGCUGUAGGUGCUAUCCAGAAGAAGGAAACCUACCCUGAUAAGGUUUCAUAUAUCCUCAUUAUCUCACAUGCCUCAAUGAAUGACUCUGGCUUCUAUGAAUGCUCUGUCACGGAGCAGUCCAGCGGACAGACCAGCUCCUCCCAACUGAUCGUCACCAUCCACGAGGGAUCUUUCGUUACUCUGGAGCAUACUGGGAUUGGACCAGAAGAAACCAUCCCUCUCCUGGAGGAAACUGAAUUCACCAUUUACAUCCAUUCCGAUGCUGUUCCCAAGGUCACAUGGUCCAAAGAUGGUCUUGUAUUGAAUAGUAAUUUCGUAACCACCAAGACCACUCUUCUAGCAGACAAAAGGUACGAGAGCGUUUUGAUUCUGAGACAUCCUGUCGAAGAGGACAGUGGAACAUAUAAGAUUGUAGCAUCAGCCGGCUCACAGACUAAAGAGUUCUCCUUCAAACUCUAUGUUGAAGCUGGUGAGCCCCAGAUAAUACAGUCCAUGCUGGCUCCGGUGAUCUGGCCCAGGAAAGAGACUAUGGUGGUGUUCCUUCACUCCAUGUUCAGACUGACAUGUCGGGGCCAAGCAGAAGUGCUCUGGGAUGGUCCCGUCUCCCUUGACCAUCAGAAGUUAGAUGACAAGAGAGGCCUGUUCGUCUCUACGGUGACUGUGGACAAUGCCAUGGCAACACACACCGGAGAAUACACUUGUUACUACAAGAACGAGAAUCAGACAGAUGGGAGCAGCAUCUACAUCUUUGUGCCAGAUCCGGACAUGCUGUUCGUGCCUCCCCUGCUGCCCUACGGCCACCACGUGCUGAAGAGCCUAGAGGAGAUGGAGAUUCCUUGCCGUGUGUCUGACCCGAGCGCUCAAGUGAAGCUGUUCCACAUAGAGACUGAGCAGGAGGUGCCCGUCAAUUAUGACAGCAAGAAGGGUUUUCUAGGCAACUUCACACCCGGGACAUAUGUGUGUCAGGCCACUGUGAAUGAAAAAAAUCAGAAGAGUGAGGAAUACAUUGUCCAUGGCUGGAUAGGGGGUUUAGGGGUGCACGUAGAGCUGAAGGCAGAGAAGAAGGCUCUGCUUGUUGGAGAAUCCCUCAUAGUCAACUGUGUAGCCAAAGGCAGUGACUUGCUGGAACAACAGUGGAAAUAUCCUGGGAAAAUGGCGAAUCGUGCUACGACGACGUUAAAGGAGAACAAAAAGGAUCAGGAGAUCUAUUAUACCCUAACUGUGCCUGAUGCCAGAACUAAAGACAGUGGAAAUUACGCCUGUUCCAUCACUGACAUUAUGAGUAAUGAGAGCCAAACCAAGGAGCUCACCAUUACUGUCUAUGAGAUGGAGUUUGUGUCGGUGGUUCCAACAUUUGCCCCUGUGGAGACAGCCAAGCUGAACGAUGUUCGUGAGUUCCUAGUGAACAUCGAGGCUUUUCCUGCACCCAAAGUCACGUGGAUGAAGGAUGGUGUUGUACUGGGUGAUGUUGCCGCAGAGUUUACCACCUCCCUUCGGACGAUCAGCGAGAUAAGGUACCAGAGUACUCUUGCUCUGAUUAGAGCUAAGGCUGAGGACAGCGGCAACUACACGGUGCGAGCUGAGAUAGGCAACCAGAGCAUCAGCCACUCUUUCAAUCUUCAGGUCAAAGUUCCUGCUGUGAUUGUGGACCUGCUGGAUCUGCACCAUGGUUCAGAAACAGGCCAGGCUGUGGUGUGUGUUGCCGGAGGAUCUCCAGUCCCUGAGGUGGAGUGGUACAUCUGUAAAAACAUUAAGCAGUGUUCCAAUGACUCUAGCGAGUGGUCACCUCUUCAGGCCAACACCACUGGUAUUACCAUUGAUACACACAUGGACCAGGACAACCAGUUGGAGAGUCAGGUGAUCUUUGGACAUCUGGAGAACACACUAGCUGUGCGCUGCCUGGCAAGGAACGAGAUGGUCGCUGUGUCCCGUGAGAUCAAACUAGUGGCUAAUGGUCCGCACUCAGAGCUCACUGUGGCGGCUGCUGUUCUGGUGCUGUUGGUCAUUGUCAUCAUCUCACUCAUUGUGCUGGUCAUUAUCUGGAAACAGAAGCCACGUUAUGAGAUCAGGUGGCGUGUCAUCGAGUCGGUCAGUCCGGAUGGGCACGAGUACAUCUACGUGGAUCCCAUGCAGCUGCCCUACGACACACGCUGGGAGUUCCCACGUGACGGCCUUGUCCUUGGCCGUAUUCUGGGCUCGGGGGCCUUUGGGAAGGUGGUGGAAGGCACUGCGUAUGGACUCAGUCGCUCUCAGCCAGUCAUGAAGGUUGCAGUGAAGAUGCUCAAACCAACGGCUCGCUCCAGUGAGAAGCAAGCACUGAUGUCAGAGCUGAAGAUCAUGACUCACCUGGGCCCACACCUCAACAUUGUCAACCUGCUGGGCGCCUGCACCAAAUCAGGUCCUAUCUACAUUAUUACCGAGUACUGUUUUUAUGGAGACCUGGUAAACUACCUGCAUAAGAACAGAGACAGCUUCCUGAGUCGACAGGCUGAGAAAGGCAAGAAGGACCUGGAUAUCUUUGGCAUCAAUCCAGCUGAUGAGAGCAGCAGAAGCUACGUGAUCCUGUCGUUUGAGGAAAAGGGAGACUACAUGGAUAUGAAGCAGGCAGACACAAUGCAGUAUGUCCCCAUGUUGGAGAGAAGCAAUGCCUCCAAAUACUUUGACCUUCAGAGUGAUGACUAUGAUCACCCGCCCUCUCACAAACACAUCAAUGAAAGUGAGGUAGAAAAGCUUCUUUCUGAUGACUCAGAGCGCUUGACCACGAUGGAUCUUCUUAGCUUCACCUAUCAAGUGGCCAGAGGGAUGGAGUUCCUGGCCUCCAAAAAUUGUGUUCACAGAGAUUUGGCCGCUCGAAAUGUCCUGCUGUCUCAGGGGAAGAUUGUGAAGAUCUGUGACUUUGGGCUGGCCAGGGACAUAAUGCACGACAACAACUAUGUAUCCAAAGGAAGCACCUUCCUCCCAGUAAAAUGGAUGGCACCCGAGAGCAUUUUUGAUAACCUGUACACCACUCUGAGUGACGUCUGGUCUUAUGGCAUUUUACUGUGGGAGAUCUUUUCUCUGGGUGGGACCCCUUAUCCUGGCAUGGUCGUGGACUCCAGCUUCUAUAACAAGAUCAAGAGUGGCUACAGGAUGGCCAAACCUGAACACGCCUCCAGUGAUGUCUAUGAGCUGAUGGGGAAGUGCUGGAACAAUGAGCCUGAGAAGAGACCCUCAUUCCACAGUCUGAGUGAGAGUGUGGCCACCCUGCUGCCGUGCGGAUACAAGAGGAGCUAUGAGCGUGUAAAUAACGACUUCCUGAAGAGUGACCACCCGGCAGUGACCCGCGUUCAGUGUGUGCAAAGCGACGAGACCUACCUGGGUGUGGCCUAUAAGAACCAGUGCAAGAUGAGGGAGCGUGAAAGCGGCUUUGAAGAGCAGAGACUCAGUUCAGACAGCGGCUACAUCAUCCCUCUGCCCGACCUGGACCCCCUUUCCGAUGAAGAAUACACCAAAAGAAACCGUCACAGCUCUCAGACGUCUGAGGAGAGCGCUAUAGACACCGGCUCGAGCAGCUCCACCCUGCCCAAGCGGGAAGGAGAGACUCUGGAGGACAUUACACUGCUGGAUGAGAUGUGCCUGGACUCAGGGGAUCUGGUAGAGGACAGCUUCCUGUGAGAUGAAAAAAGGAAGGAGGAGAAAAGGGCUCCAACGCAAACAUUAACACACAAACUCUUCUGAAUAGCCCUUUUCUCUCUCCCACCUGCCCUCUGAACUCAUUCGCAGAACGCAGAAUCCUCAGAGGAAAAUAAAGACUGGAAGUCCUGUGAAGGUCAUUUAUCAUUAGAGACAGCGUCCUCUACUGGCUCGGAGGACGGUCUGGUAAAAGACUAUAUUUUUUGAGGAAUAAUCCAGAAUAUUCACGUUGUAUAGAACUUUAUUAUCGAUGGGCAUUCAGAACAGUGAACUAAUUAAGCAGGAAUGUAUCCUGAGCAUACUAUUGUAUACUCCAUAACCAGCUGAUUUACAUACGAGUCAGUUUUCAAUGACCACUACACCUGAAAAACUGACCCAAAGCCCUUUACUUCCAUUCACAUUCCAUGCACCGCACAUCGCAUUGAAAAGCACAAACCUUGAACUUAAAUUUCUAGCUCCUGUAGCUGAUCGAACAGUAUAUAUAUCGGCCGUGACGCAAUAAGUGCAGCAGUUUGAAUUUUUUUUUUUUUUACAUAAUACUGAGUAUAAAUGUGUAAUAUUUUGUGAAUAUUGGGAAGGGAUGGGAAACGUUUUUAUGGUCCUAAAUGAAGAAAAUAAUAAUAAUGCAAUAAUGCUUUGACUGAUGCACGUCACACAAACCUCACACCGUUGCAAUUUUGACACGUUGCAGUAAAACCGUACCAAAGUGUGGACCAAAGAUUAAACUUUCAACUGUUCAAUGUGUCAAACAGAUGCGACGGCAAUAUAUAAGAUUUCUACCAGUGUUAUAGUACACAGGAUCUAGUGUUUUUACCCUGUGGCAGUGAUGAACUAAUCACUUCAGUGAGAGGAUAAACAUUGUGGUAGCUUGAUCGGCCUUGAUGGUCAAAUGCUGACAAUAAGCUGGAAUGUUUUGAUGCUGUGGAUAAAAUUCUGUAACAUAUUCAUCUAUUUACUGUUUUGAAUCAUCUGAACCAUGCGGUGACUCUAUAUCAGCUGGUUUAGAUAGCCAACCCGAAGGUGUCCUUUAAUCCUUUCGGCUUUCUUUUUGAAUCUUUAGCACAAAUUCUAUAGUAAUAUUAGUAAAGAGAGGUGUAGACAGACAGAGCACUGCAACAAAAAAAAAAAACAUCUUAGCAAAGGAAAACUUCUUGAAUAUAGUCUAGUGUUUCCUUUUAUAAGAUUACACUAACCCAAAGAUUAUUAAUCCUAGACAUUUUCUGUUCAUUUUUUGUAGGUUGAUGGUGAAACUGGUGUCUCUUGCUAAGACAUGAGGAAAUUAGAAAAAAAUAAAAUUAAUUUUAAUUAAUUAAUUUUAAUUGAUUAAUUAAAAUAUGGUAAUUAAUAAAUAAAUAAAUAAAUAAAUAAAUAAAUAAAAAGGGUUAAUAUUCUAUUUGUUUUAUUGUAAUCUUGUAAUAGGAUUUUUAGAUACAAGAUUUUUUUUCACCCGAUGUCAUUGUUGUUGAAUUGUCUCGUCUUCUUCUUCUUUUUUUUUAAAUUUUUUUGCAGAUUGGUAUUCUUCUAAUAUUGUUAAUAUGCAAAAGAUGUUUAUUCCCAGACAAUAUCAACCCUCUGUUCUAUUCCUGAGCACUGAUGCUGGACACUAUGGACUGUAAAACCCUGGUAUUCCACUGUAAAAGCUUUAUGUAACCGGAAACAGCAAACGUCCAGCUUCAGUGCGUAUAUAUAUAUAUAUAUAUAAAAAAAUAACGUCUAAACCCCAGCUGAUUUCCAUCUCACCUCCAUCGUGUACAGUCGUCCUGAAGCAUGGUAGAGAUUCUCUGUGUAGUUAGUUUGAUGUUAUACAUCACUGCACGGAUUAAAUAGCUUUUCAAUGUAUAGUUUAUGGUCCAGCGAUCCACUGCCUCCCUCUGAGUGUAUAUCCACUGUGAUCUACUCGAUGGGCACGAAGAAGAAGAAGAAAAAAUACUGUUGCACUUUUUAGACCCUUCUUUUGUUGCUUUUAUCUGUCAUUGUAUGUUUGUUUUGAAGAGUUUAUAUGAUGAGCAAAUACAUUUCAUGAGAUUUAUUUGGCUUUAAAAUGCUUCCAUUUUCUGAAAAGUGGUAUGAAUUAUACUCCAUGGUACAGUAUGUAUAAUAAUAGGUAGUUAAUCACAGUACAAGCUGUUAUCCCUCUGUUUUACUAUGCGUUAUGUCUAUGUCCAUUCAGAUGAUUUAUAUUUCAAUAAAAUGAGAUUUAAUAAUGUGA